AACAACAACUACGUGUUGUUGUGAUCUUUUAAAAUUUUACCAUAAAGUGAUCCUUUACACGUCUUGUUUUAAUUCGUAUUUCUCCUUGGUUUAAGCAUGUCGAAGAACAAGAAGCUCACAAAAGAGGAGGAAUUGUUGUUACAAGAUUUUGGCAGGAACAUUUCGACAAAAUCUUCUCUUUUAUUUUAUUGCAAUGCCUUCGUUGUUUCGGCAGUUCCUCUGUGGCUUUUCUGGCGUGUACAUGAAAUGGAUCCUCAAGAAUCUGUUAUUUUGUUUGUUGUGAUGACCUUAAUAUGUACCUGGUUGAUUUCUUUUGCUUAUAAAAACAUCAAAUUUCAACUAAAGCAUAAGAUAGCUCUAAAGAUAGAGCAUGCUGUCUCACGUGAGGUCAAUCAAGUGCUUGACUCAAAACCAGAGACAAAAAAGUUGACUAGACAAGAGAAAGAUGAAAGAAUUUUGUGGAAGAAGAACAAUGUGGCAGACAUGGAAGCAACAACAUAUUCUAUCUUCUACAAUAACACUUUGUUCUUGUUUUUCAUGUUGAUUAUGUCUUUUUAUUUGUUGAGAUCCUUUAAUCCUGGAGUUAACUAUGUCAUGUCUACAGCUGCCGCUUCUGGAUUUGUUGCCCUUCUUUCAACAUCAAAUUCUGGAAGUUCGUGACAUGGCUAAUUCAAUUUAAGAUUUGAAAGUUUUAACAAAUAAAAUGCCUGAAGUUGU